GGUUUGAUACAUCUCAAAUGACGACCUCCCAAUCAAUAAAAUGGUCUAGUAGACCCGCACAAAUCAGACCCGUACGGCCACUGAUCAUGACAUUUUCUUUUGAUUCUCUCAAACAUCAACCAUCAACCAUCACCCCUUUUCAAGAGUCAAGACAAUUGCAGUUUUGAACAUUCCAAAAACCCCAAGAAUAGUUAAUUUUUUUUUUUUAAUUAGCUGAUGUCAAAAUCACCCAAAAUUUCAACACCCACCAUUUCUAAACGAUUAAUUUUUUGUGGGGGGUCUUCAGUUUUGUCUGCAAUAGCUGAACUACUGAAAAACACAGGGCGUGAAAAAGAGAGGAAAAAAUAAAAUUACUAUGAGCAUGUUGAAGACUAUGUUAUUUGCAGGAUUAUCAAUGCAAAAUAUCAUCAUUCAAGCCGAAGAUUAUGAAUUUGGCACAUUUGAAUGGUUUUUGUAUGCUGGGAUUUCAUGUUUUAUGGUGAUAUUUGCUGGGAUUAUGUCUGGUCUUACUCUUGGUUUGAUGUCUCUUGGCCUCGUUGAGCUUGAAAUUCUUCAGAGAAGUGGUUCUUUAACUGAGAAGAAACAAGCAGCUGUUAUUCUACCGGUUGUCCAGAAGCAGCAUCAGCUUCUUGUGACCUUGCUGCUUUGUAAUGCUUGUGCAAUGGAAGCACUGCCUAUAUACUUGGAUAAGAUAUUCCAUCCUUUUGUUGCAGUUGUGCUCUCUGUUACAUUUGUUCUAGCCUUUGGAGAGAUUAUUCCACAAGCCAUUUGCACAAAGUAUGGACUUGCUGUGGGCGCAAAUUUCGUUUGGCUUGUGCGCAUUCUUAUGAUACUUUGUUAUCCCAUAGCCUAUCCUAUUUCAAAGGUUCUGGAUGCACUACUUGGACAUGAUACUGCACUAUUUAGGCGAGCACAAUUAAAAGCCCUUGUCUCUAUACAUAGUAUGGAGGAAGGUAAGGGUGGAGAACUUACACAUGAUGAGACAACAAUAAUCAGUGGAGCACUGGAUUUAACAGAGAAGACAGCUGAAGAGGCGAUGACACCCAUAGAAUCAACAUUUUCCUUGGACGUAAACGCCAAGCUUGAUUGGGAAGCUAUGGGGAAAAUACUCGCACGUGGUCACAGUCGUGUUCCUGUAUAUACUGGGAACCCAAGAAACGUUAUUGGAUUAUUGCUGGUGAAGAGCCUACUCACAGUACGACCUGAAACGGAAACUCCAGUCAGUGCUGUUUCAAUACGCAGGAUUCCUCGGGUUCCAGGAGACAUGCCCUUGUAUGAUAUCCUAAAUGAGUUCCAAAAGGGAAGCAGCCAUAUGGCUGCUGUAGUGAAGGUUAAAAGAAAAAGCAAAGAUAUUCAACAAGUCAUCACCAAAGAGUAUUUUGAAACAAAAAGUGUUGGAACUAUGAUUCCUGAAUUAUCAACCCCUUUGCUUCCUAACGAUGACCAAAAGUCGGAUAGUGUUGUUCUUGAUAUGGGUCAGCAUCCAAGGGAAGGAAAGAAGAAUAAUCAAACUCCUAUCCAAAAUGAUGAAAUGACAAAUGGCUUGCUUGAUUUUUCUGAAGAUGUUGAAGACGGUGAUGUAAUUGGCAUUAUUACCCUGGAAGAUGUCUUUGAAGAACUUUUGCAGGAAGAGAUUGUAGAUGAGACAGAUGUGUAUGUUGAUGUACAUAAAAGGAUACGGGUGGCGGCGGCAGCAGCAGCAUCAUCUGUUGUAAGAACUCCAUCAGGCCGUAAGCUGAUUGGUCAAAAGGCGGGAGAGCAGAACAGGAACGUCCAAGCUGUGCAGAAGUCCGAGCAAAACAUACGCAGCAAAUGAUGUUUCAGGAAACUUUUUCUGACCCUUCUUCAUAAGAACCAGUCCGAGGUUUCAUUUGUGUAUACCUUGAUCCUCAAAUCUGUAGCCAAUACAGUAGCAAAGUUACACUGGAUCAGCCUCAACUUCUUAAGGUUGAUCCUUUUCUAUACUAUAGGACUAUAGGAGCUGGAUGGUACUGUAUUUUGAGUUGGUAAUAGUAGAACUGUAUCUAAUUAGCAAGUAUGUUAGCAGACUGCACUGAUAGAUUUCAUAUACAUAGUAGUAGUUAGGAUGAUAUACACGAGUUUUGUUAAUCAACCACAUGGCUAGCGCGUUGAAUUUGUCCGUCUUUUACUUAUGUAAUUGCCAAUUAGGUGCAUUUUCUUAAACUAAUUUGAAUUAGAGACGA